AUGUCAUCUCUAAAUUAUGGAAACGGUAUUUUGCCGUCGAAUGAGGAUAUGUCAAUACCGUCUAUUCUGCCGACAGCAUCCGGAGCAAUAAUUCCACAUCCAUAUUCAACUUCAAAUACGAAUGCGGCUUAUGCCGCUGCAGCUGUGGCAGCAGCUGCUGUAUCAUCUGCGUCGCCAUCAUCAUUAGGUCCAUAUGGAAAUUAUUAUGGUCAUCGAUUACCUCAGCAACCACUUUUACAUCUUCAACAACCAUCGUCGUUCUAUCCAACACCAGCUUUAAAUCAUCUUCAACCUCAUGGAGAUUUUAGUAAUUCAUCAUCGUCCGCAGCGUCGUCAUCAAGUUCAAUUGAAUCAUCACGUAAAACAGCGAAUCGUAAACGAACAACAGAUAAAAUACCAACAUCUACAAAAUCGAAUAACAAGCGAAAAGCACCAAAUAAUGAUGACGAUGAUCUUGAUGAUGAUGAUGACGAAGAAAAUAUGUGUGGUUUGCCAGGUUCAUCUUUAUCAAAUGUAAUGAUGGCGAAUCAUAAUAAUAAUCCAGACAAUGGCGGAAUGGGCGAAGAAGAUAAAGAAAAACAAGCUCGUGAAAAUCACUGUGAAAUCGAGCGACGUCGCCGUGUUAAAAUGGCAACGUAUUUUGCUGAAUUAUGCGAUAUGGUUCCGUCAUGUUCUAAUCUAGCACGUAAACCUGAUAAAUUAACUAUACUACGUAUGGCCGCUCAAUUCAUGAAGAAUAUACGUACAAAUAAUAAUACAUUGGCUUUGAAUUCAACUCAAAUAUCUCAACAACAAGAUCUGCAUAAACCAUCAUUUCUUAAUGACCAUGAAUUAAAAUAUUUAAUGGUUGAAUCAUGCGAUGCUUUCCUGUUUGGACUUAAUUGUGACAGUUUACGUGUUAUUUAUGUAAGUGAUGCUAUACAACAUAUACUGUCGUACACAUGUCAUGAUUGGUAUUCAAGAUUUAUUUAUGAUUUUGUUCAUCCGGAUGAUGUUGAAAAAGUACGCGAACAAUUAAAUUUACAACCACAAGAUGGAAGUCCAAAUACGAAUGGCAAUAGUAGAAUUUUGGAUCUUAAAACGGGAACGGUUAAAAAAGACGGCCAUUCUUCAGGUGCUCGUUUAGGCAACUCAAAACGAUCAUUUAUCUGUCGUCUUCGUAUUGGUCCAACCAAUCCACUUGAGCAUACCCAUCAAAAUCCAUUCACAAAUCCAUCUAUUCUACGUCGACGUCAUCGCACAUGCCUUGGCCCAUCCAUUGACGGUCAUCUCUAUGAAGUCGUACAUAUCAGUGGUUAUAUUCGAAAUUUAAGUACACAGCCAUCAUCUCACCAUGACAAUGCAAAUCAUCAUCCAUCAUCUUCGUCAUCGAAUUCUAGUGGUCAAAUGGCAUUUAUUGCCAUUGCUCGUUUACAAAAUUCUUGUUCGCCCAAUGUCAACGAUUUAACGAAUGGUUCAAUGUCAACAUUUAAUUCAAUAACAACAGAGUUCACAUGUCGUUGCCAUUGGGAUACAGGUGAAAUUUUAUUCAUUGAUCAACGUUGUACACCCAUCAUUGGUUAUAAAAGUCAUGAAUUAUUACAUAAAACUAUCUUCGAACAAAUACAUCCUGAUGAUCAUAUGAAAUUUCAAGAUCUAUUCAAACGAACAGUAACACAAAAAAAUAUGCCAGCGACAUCCACAAAUAUAAUCAUACGUUUUCGUACAAACAUUGAUAAUGAAUAUAUUUCACUUAAAACAUCAACAUAUGCUUUUUGUAAUCCAUGUACAGAUGAUAUUGAAUUUAUUAUCAUUACUUUUCUAUCAAUUCAACCAACGACAGCAGCAACAACAACAACAACAGCAACAACAAAUAAAACAUCUGUUAUUACCAAUUCAAAUGAUUAUAACCGACAAGCAUAUGAUACAUGUUCACGCACAACAGCAACAGCGCCAAAUCAAAAUUCAUCUGUACAUUACAGUUCUCAAGCCCUAGCAACAUUUAAUAAUCAAGAAGGACAAGAUUAUUCAAAUGUAAAUGGAACAAAUGAUGGACGAACAUAUGUAAGUAAUAAUGGUGGUUCAACAUGGGCUCCAGCGAAUGAUAGUUGGACACCGACAGCAGCAGCAUCAUCAGUGAAUAACCCAACAGCUAAUACCGAUUAUGUUGAUCCACAAGCAAAUCUUGCUCUCUAUCAUCAAUAUCAUCAGUAA